AUGCUGAACAAGGCGUUUGCCCAACACUGCCCACUUCCAAUCGGGACAGGAAUAAUAAUACCCGUCCAGAAACCGGGCAAACGACGGGGACCCUGUGGAAGCCUGAGACUGGUUGUAUUAGUCACCUUUCUAAGGAAAACUCUAUCGACUAUUGUUCGAAGCCGAAUAUCAAGAUCAAUCGAUCGUUAUCUCUCUUGCAGUCAGAGUGGUUUCAGGCCUGGAAGAUCCACGGCCGAUAUUGUUUGGACCUAUCGCUGGAUCAAUGCAAUAUGUCAGAAGUAUAAACGAUCUUUUCAUGUCCUGGUAAUCAACAUGAGCAAAGCUUUUGAUAGCAUCAACAGGAGCAAACUACUUAUCGUGUUAAAGAACAUUGUAGAUGAAGACAGUCUACGCAUGAUACGUCUGCUAUUAUCGGAAACUCAACUUCUUGUCAGAAUUGGCCCUAAGGAAUCUAGACUAUUUCCUACAAAUGUUGGAACCCCACAAGGGGACACACUAUCGCCUAUAUUAUUUAUCGUCUAUCUGGAGGCAGCUCUGAGAGACCUAAGACUAGAAAUUGGAUGUAUGGACAACCAAGUUAUGGAACUCGUAUACGCGGAUGAUCUUGAUUUUAUUACGGAGGAUCGGAAAUUAAUAGAAAUUAUUAUGGAGAAAGCAAGAACAAUUUUCGAUAAAUGGUCACACAAAGUCAAUGAAGAGAAAACCGAAAUAACCACCGUCGAACGUGUGCCAACUCGCAUAGAUGAGAAGUGGCAAAACGUCCGAAAACUCGGAUCUCUUCUUGGCGAUUCCGAAGAUAUUACCAGACGAAAAAUAUUAUCAACAAUUGCACUUAAAAAACUUCAAUCCAUCUGGAUGAGAAAAAACCAAAUUUCGACUAAGAUGCGCCUACGAUUAUAUGAUGCAUUUGUCCGACCUGUCCUCAUGCACAACGCAGGUACUUGGGGAACAUCAGAGAAAAACAUGGAGCAACUUGACUCUUUCCACAGGGGUCAACUGAGAAAACUCCUCGGCUAUUCGUGGCCGAAGAAAAUAUCAAAUGAUAAAUUAUACAGGUUAGCUAACUGUGGGCCUAUAAGUCUAAAUAUACUUGAAACCCGCUGGCGCCUGUUUGGACAUAUUUUACGAAUGAAGAAAGAAACACCAUGCAACAUGGCCAUGGAAGAAUUUUUCGGCCAUACUGAAUACUCUAAAUAUAGAGGACGUCCAAGAGACUGUCUUCCGGGAAUACUUACAAAGGAAUAUGCUAUGAUCGGAGGCCGAUUGAUGGAUGCAGACGAUCUGGACGAAAUCGGAAAGAGGGCAAGACGACGGAAGGGAUGGAAGGGACUAACGACAAGAAUAGUUAAAAACAUGGCACAAGCGAAACCAUAA